AUGAUGGAGCAUGAAGGUAACACGAACCCUACUCAUAGCAAGACAACUGGGCUACCGCGCAAGCGGUUUUAUCGAGCACGAGCUCACAGCAACCCUUUAAGCGAUUCCCAUUUCCCCGUUCCGAUAUCACCUAGCCAGGAAAGGAUUGUAGCUUUGAGGGCCUCUAAUCCAGGCCAGUACGAGAAUAUAUCAGUGGUUCGUACUAAUUCAAUGAAGUACAUUCCUAAUUAUUUUGAGAAAGGGCAGCUCACCAAGAUGUUUUUCCUCUUCCCGGAUCCUCAUUUUAAAGAGAAGAAUCAUCGACGAAGGGUAAUCAACCUACAUUUGCUGGAUGAGUAUGCAUAUGUCCUUAGAGAUGGUGGGAUUAUAUACACAAUAACAGAUGUGGAGGAGCUUGGCGUUUGGAUGAACUCUUGUUUGGAAAGUCACCCUUUAUUUGAGGCUGUUACAAAGGAAGAACUUGAAACUGAUCCUGUUGUGAAGCUUUUGAGUUCUGCAACUGAGGAAGGACAAAAGGUUUCUCGCAAUGGCGGGCAAACAUUCCAAGCAGUUUAUAGACGCAUUGUACCAUGUGUUUCAAACUGCAAAUUGCAUUGA